GGGUAGCGGUAAGAUCGAACAGGCCGCCUUAUUGAUGUUCAUCUCUUUUUUCUCCUUUUUUCUCCUUUUUUCCAUCACUUGACCUACAGCUGUGAAAAUGUCAAUCUUUGAAGAUGCUCGUAAGGGAAUCCUUACUAGAGCCAGGCUCAACAGUUGGCUCAAACCUAAUUCGACUAUCAUUAACAUGAGAGAAGAUAGCUCAGGCUGGACGUUGCUUGUAACCGCCGGAGUAUCUGGAUUUCAGAAACAAGUCGACCAACUCCUCCUGAAAGGCGCAGAUGUUGAUCUUCCUUGCAAAGAUGGCGAGACGCCUCUCCUCGCUACUUGGAAGACGAAGAACGAGCGUCCGCUGAUCGUACAGACGCUCCUCCGUCAUAAACCCCGAUCCAUCGACAAAACCUGUGGUCUCGCCAUGAAUAAUACUCCGUUGAUGUAUGCCAUUGAGAAGGCUGACAUCGAAACGGUUAGAUUGCUGCGAAGAGUUGGUGCAAGCCUCGAAAUAAAAAACAAUGACGGCUUCAAUGCGAAAGAGGUAGCUCAGAACACCGGGAACAAGGCCAUCCUCCGCGCACUGGACCCUUCCAAGGAACAAUUUGACCUUAUGCGAGUUGCUUCUGAUGUAGUAACAUUCAUACUUUACAUCAUUUUCACUGUAGGGUAUCUCUUGGAUGGAAUUGUAGUACGGGUGUUUGGGCUGAGCGGCGAGGAAAACCCACGCAUCGAUUCGCGUGUAAACCCUGGCCCAGAGGAGCUCACUCCAGAGGAUUUUGUCAGGAAUGUCGACGUCUAUGUAAAAGAUAAUCCCGUGCUGAACACCUUCUUCAAAGACAAAAAGAAUUUCAUUCAGGACCUAGCCCAAAAUCUGUGGACCUUGCAAAGGACUCGACAGGUAAUCUACUGUGAUGACAGCGGUUCAAUGACUAACAACAAGGGCAAAGAAGAAAACCGCUGGGGAAACCAAAAGGAACUUGUUCUCCGAAUUGCUAGGACCACUACUCGAAUCCUCCCCGACGGCGAAGGUGUUGCGCUUCGCUUCAUCAAUAACGAAACAGACAAUUCUACAAGCCUAGACCUCGAGGGCAUAGGGACCAGCAUCAGCUCUAUAGUCCCGAAAGGUAAUACCAACAUCGGCACGACCUUAGAAGAGAGAAUCCUUGAACCACUUGUCUACAGCAGGCUUGAAGCUAAAGCUCUUGAGAGACCGCUCCUAAUCACUAUUAUCACUGAUGGUGGCCCCGAGCCCGAAUCUAAGGACAUGCUUGCGAAGGUCAUUGUGGAGUGUGGUGACCGGCUAGUUCAAGAUGGAUUUCCACGAGACAGUGUGAAAUUUUUAAUUGGCCAGAUUGGGUCAUCAAACCGAGCUGUUGACUUCCUCAAUACUCUCAAGAAUAAUGAUGACAUUACUAAAGUCGCUCACAUUUUCGCGGGUAGGCUUGAUGACGAGUUCAAAAAAUUCCGUGAUGAGCGUGGGUUAGAGAGAUGGCUGAUCGAGACAUUGUUCAUGCCUUUGGCGGCUGCCGAAACUAAGAAAAACAAGUAGCUAGAUCCUUGCCUACUUGGUAGGUGCCUCUUUGAACUGAUUUCGUACCUCUACCCUUGCGUCUAUUGAGUUCCUAUUAACUACGGCUUCACUACUUAGCUCAUUGAGACGGCCACAAUACGGUUACUAAUAGACGAGGGAUCGAAGUUGAAGCUACCCCUAGAGAUAUAACAGGGUUACCGAUGGGAUACAUUAGGAGGAUGCCACGAGAGGGCAGGAAGAGAGUAAUACAUGUUUGGAGGUAUAUUCAAUACAGCACACG